ACCCGGAAGUGACGCCGUACGCACGCGCGCGCGCUGACGCAGCGGCAGGGGCCCUGCCGAGCUGGCCUGAGCUGAGGCGCGUCGCGUUCGCAGGCGGCGCAGUUGGAGGGGCCGGAGCGGGGCUGAGACGCAGAGUAUCUUGUACUUCUUAUGGACGGACUGGUUUAUAGGGAAACAUAGAAACUGCAUGGAAUAACCUUCAGUUCUUUAAACAGGAAGAAAUGAGCCUAAAGUCUGAACGCAGAGGAAUUCACGUUGAUCAGUCAGAACUACUGUGCAAGAAAGGAUGUGGUUACUAUGGAAACCCUGCUUGGCAGGGCUUCUGCUCCAAGUGCUGGAGAGAAGAGUACCAUAAGGCAAGGCAGAAGCAGAUUCAGGAUGACUGGGAGCUGGCAGAGCGACUUCAGCGUGAGGAGGAAGAAGCCUAUGCUAGUAGUCAGAGUACACAAGGGGCACAGUCGCUCACCUUUUCCAAGUUUGAGGAAAAGAAAACCAAUGAAAAGACACGCAAGGUGACAACCGUCAAGAAAUUCUUCAGUGCGUCUUCCAGGACAGGAGCUAAGAAGGUGGCUCAAGAGAGAAACCUUAAGCAAGGACAGCUUGGGAGGGAGCGAAAUGCUGAUAACAUUCUCAGGGACUUGAAGGAAAUUUUUACUCCCUCCUGGGAGCUGGCUUCCCCUACUGAAGCAGAGAUUCAUGAAGCUAAGGCUCCUAGCCCUUCAAUAAACAGGCAGGUCAGCAUUGAGACAGAUCGAGCAUCCAAGGAGUUUAUAGAGUUUCUCAAGACCUAUCAAAAAUCUGGUCAAGACAUUUAUAAGCAGUGCAAAAUGUUUUUGGAAGCAAUGCAUCACAAAAGGGAAUUAAGUAUUGAGGAACAAUCUGAAUGUGCCCAGGACUUCUAUCAAAAUGUAGCAGAGAAAUUACAGACCCGUUGGAAAGUUUCCCCAGAAAAAGUUGAGAAAGCAAUGGACCAGAUUGAAAAAUAUAUCAUGACUCGAUUGUAUAAAUAUGUGUUCUGCCCUGAAACAACUGAUGAUGAGAAGAAGGAUCUGGUUGUCCAAAAGAGAAUCAGGGCUUUACACUGGGUUACUCCACAAAUGCUGUGUGUUCCUGUUAAUGAAGAAAUUCCAGAGGUCUCCGAUAUGGUUGUGAAAGCAAUUACAGAUAUUAUCGAAAUGGAUUCAAAACGUGUCCCUCGUGAUAAAUUAGCAUGCAUCACCCAAUGCAGCAAACAUAUCUUCAACGCUAUAAAAAUCACAAAAAACGAACCAGCUUCUGCUGAUGACUUCUUACCAACACUUAUCUAUAUUGUUUUGAAGGGAAACCCACCCCGUCUGCAGUCCAACAUCCAGUAUAUAACCCGCUUCUGUAAUCCAAGCAGGUUAAUGACUGGAGAGGAUGGCUACUAUUUUACCAAUCUGUGCUGUGCUGUGGCCUUCAUUGAAAAGCUGGACGCUCAAUCUUUAAAUCUAAGCCAGGAGGAUUUUGAUCGCUACAUGUCGGGCCAAACGUCUCCAAAGAAACAAGAAUCUGAAAACUGGUCAUCAGAUGUGUGCCUAGGUGUUAAACAGAUGUAUAAGAACUUAGACCUCCUAUCUCAAUUGAAUGAGAGACAGGAAAGAAUUGUCAGUGAAGCCAAGAAGCUUGAGAAAGACCUUAUAGAUUGGACUGAUGGAAUUACUAAGGAAGUCCAAGAUAUUGUUGAAAAAUAUCCAUUGGAAAUAAAACCAAAAAAUCAACCCUUAGCAGCUAUUGACUCUGAAAACGUAGAGAAUGAUAAAUUGCCCCCACCAUUGCAGCCUCAGGUUUAUGCUGGAUGAUAAUUUACCAUGAAAGUAUUAACUUCAAAAGGAGUUCUUACACACCUAUUACUAUUUGCUGCUUGGAAAGGGGAAUAAGUUUGAGGCUAAAAAAAUCAAAUGAGUUUAAAUCAGUACAUUUUUAAAGGUACAAUUAUUUUGUUUAGAGUGUAAUAAAUUGUAUUUAUUUUAGUCAAAGUAGGUUUCUAUUAGGCUUUUUUGGUUUUUUGAACUGAAUUUAAAUUUUCUACACAAAGCCAAUGUAAUUUUUAAGCAACACUAGUCCAUUGACAACUUUUUCCUGAAAGCUUCCUUCUGGGCAUGCACUUAUGUGUUUUUAAAUAAUUAGUUUAAUUUAAAUUUAAGAAGAAAAAGAUCAGCAGUACUUCUUGAAUAAUGCAAGGCUGGGAGUUCUAGCAGAAACUCAAAGGUACCAGUGUUCCAGGGUCUGAAUUUAUUCUGUAGUUGUAAUGAUGAAAGAUAUAGUGUAAAAUAAAUAUGUAGAAUUGUAAAUAGGUUUAAAAAAGUAAUGUUUCAACUGUGCAUGGCACCUUGUGUAUUAGUACAAAAUGAUAUAUAAAAAUGUCCAUUUUUAGCACCUUUUAUUUAGUUCAAUAUUAACUUCACAGUAUAUAAGGAAGUACACCAUUAAUGUAUUUUAGCAAGCUGGAUGAUGCAACAGAAUGAACUGCAGAUUUGAAAGCUUGACAGAACUCUAUCAUAGUAUUCAUAGCUUUUAAAUGCAUUCUUUAUUAUAACUCUUGGGAUCUGAAAAUGGAAAUAUUUUUUCAUCUUAACAUUUCCCUCCAUUUUUGUCAGUAUACUGGUGGUCUGUUGAGUUGCAGGUAGGUGCUGGUGUUGCUUAUUUCUAAGAAGAAAGAGCAUUGAAGCAGGUUUUGGAAGGAGAGGAAAAUGACAGACUUGGAACCCGUGGUGAUAGUUGUGGGGGAAAUGGCUCAAAUGCUCAGCCAACAGUGACUGACUCUUUCCUAAUACAGUGAGUUUGUAUUGUUUAGCCAUUUCCCACUAAUGGGUUGGGCCUUGACCACUGUCUCUCCUCCUUCUCCCCCCCAAUCCAGGCAUGCUUCAUAUGAACCUGUUUUAGAGGCUACUUUAUUAAGAGCAUGACCCUUUGCUAUUAGCAAGAAAGAGCACAUUUAUUUUUACAAAAUUGCACUAUUCUGGGCUUUAGUGAUUUUUGCGUACUGAAAGUGAACAAGCUAAGCAUCAAGGUUAAUACAGUUCACUUCCCAAAAGCUUUAAAUCACUGUGUACUGUAUUUCAUUUGAAAAAUAACCCACUAGUUCACUCCACAAAACAUGUAACCAUUUGCAGAUUUUUUUUAUAUUCCAGUGAAACAUUUUAUAUAUCAUUUUAAAUAUCUUCCAGUUAAUUUAGUCUGCCAUGGCUUCUAUGUGUACCUGUGAUAUUUAAUGCUUUUCAGAGAUACUUUCCUUAGCUUGGCUAAGGGCUGUUCUUAAGCAACUUUAAAUUUUUUCCAUCAAGGGGAGGGUACCUACCUCUUCAUUGUAUUCCAUUGCUUUAAAAAUACUGAUACUUCAAAAUUUGCACUGCAAUAAUUUCAGACCAAAACUGUGACUUGUCCUAUUUUUAAUUCCCAAAUUGCUGUGUUUAACGGUUUGAACUAUGCAUUCCUAGAGUUUUAAAGAUAACUAAUUACCCACAUUUCCCUGCAGAGAUGCAACAAUGAGUCAGUUGAUCAUAAGAAAUUACUUUGAGUAGUUACUGUUCAUUGAUGAGACUCUGCUCCUAGACUGUUCAAGACCUUAUCAAUGCUUGUAGUGAGUCUUUAUUUUCUCUACAUACAUUAGGUGCUAAUUCUGAUAUCCAGGUACACAUUUGUCUCUUUCCUAAAAAUAAAUAAGUAAAUAAAUAAAAUGUACACAUCUUUUAGCUACUGCAUACUAAACUGCUGUUAAAUAAAAAUAUGUGCAUUCUU